AAGCUCGGGAAGGAGAUGAAGAAAGCACCAACCAAGGGCAAUGAUUAGAAAGCACCAAAAAGUCAUUGAUGUAAAUGGGAUUUGAUCCGAUGUCAACCCUGAGCCUUGAGGCCUUGGGACUUGGAAGUAGGACAUGGGGUCAUUAGCUAUUCGUGCGAAGCAGGUUGGUGUUUACCAAGUACCAAUUAGUUUUGCUUUGAUGAAGGAUGCCAUGCUCAGAAGUGUAUUUUGGGCUUAUAAGAGUGUUAGCCAACGAUCUACUAACGUGAGCGUGCUUACUCUCCCACUUAAUAUCCGAAGGCUUGGUACAGUUCAUUGCACUUUUAGUUCAUCUUCUAACGGAAGUGGUAGCGUAACAGAAAAGGAAAAUGAUGAGGAUUAUGUCAACUCCAGUGUAAUUGAAGCUGUUGAGGUGAAAUGUGGUUCAGAUGGCUUCACAUUAAAGAUGAGAGAUGGCAGGUUCUUAAACUGUGUCCAUAACAGCCCUCAAGGUGGCCAUCUUCCAGAUUAUGCACCGCACCCAGCCAUUGUGCUUAAGAUGGAAGAUGGAACGGGUCUUUUUCUUCCAAUAAUCGUUUGUUAGGCCAACAAUGUAUCAGAAUAUGAAGGAGAUGAUUGAGAAGAUGGGAUAUACAGGAAGUGGUUUUAAAAAAAUUCCCCUCCCCAUUGGUUAUUUGGUGGAAAGUGUAAUAUGUCUUUUGAACCCCACAAAGCAUAUUGCUUAGAUGCAUCUUUGCAGGUCAAACUUGUCCGUAUAUUUAAGAGUCUGUAAAGCAAAUAUUGAUCAGUUACAUCUCACAAAGGCAUGUAUAUAGUUAUGUUUACAUUUAUAGAUUGUUUAGUUUUUUCUUGUGAAGAACAAUGGAAAGUCAAUGAUAUAGGUUGAUAAUGAAUUAAAAUGUAUCAGUUUUGACCUUCGACCUUCAGGUACAUACAUUUUCUUUCAAAUAGUCACUCUUCAAGGGCCUUUUCGGAUGCUAUCUUUCCGUUUAGCCAUGGAAAGAAAAAAAUUUAACUUUAAUUUACCUUUUCUUGUACGAAGCGCUAUUAUACUGCAUCCUUUUGUUAAUUUUUGCUUAGAUUCAGUGCUAGUUGCCUGAUAUCCUUGUAUAUCAGUUCAGAUUUUGGAUCUAUAUGCUUUUAGCUUACUGAAGUCAGUGCUAUGCCUAUCUUUUAUGCUA